AUGCUCGGGUUGCUGCUGCUCUGCGGGGCCCUGGGCUGCGGGGCGGACCAGGCGGCCCCUCUCACCUUCACCAUGCUGCAAUGGACCCGCAUCUCCAAAGGCAGCUCCGAAUUCUGGGGGAACGCCAGCCUGGACGGGCAGCUCAGCCAUCUCCUGGAGGGGCUUAAUGUCACCCAAGUGCUGCCACUGGAGCCCCCAGAUGCCUGGGCCAGGCGGCUGCAGGACGUUGAUACCUAUCUGCUCUACUUCAGCCAGCUGGUGAUGUUCUUCAACAAGGAGAGACCCAUCAACUACACCCAGAGCCUGUGCUGCCGUCUGGGCUGCAGCCUCUUCCCCAACGGCACGGCCCACAGCUUCUAUGAGGUGACCCUCAACGGGACGGCUUUCCUCAGCUUCCAUGUCGCCAACGCCACCUGGGAGCGGCACUGGCCUGGCAGUGACGCAGUGGCCACUUUUGCCGAGAGGGAGCUGAUGAAGUACCCCAAGACCACGCGGGACCUCCAGCUUUUCCUCAACACCACCUGUGUCAGCAUCCUGCAGGCUCAGAGCGCUGGGACAGGAAAACAGAGCAGCUGGUCACGCGCCCCACUGGUGCUAGGCCUGAUCCUGGGGACCAUUGCCUUGCUGGGCACAGCCGUGGGGAUCUUCUUGUGCACAGGAGGGAGCUGCUAG